UUGUGUCGGCGAUCCGCACAUCGCCGGUGCUUGAUGCUGAUUUCUUGCUUUCGUUCUCGGUUCUGUGCCUAUUUUAAUUAGAGCUUUUGAUUGCCAUGUGCCGUUUUCACACGCUGUUGCUCGGCUUAAUUUCUCUGUUCGUCCCGGAGGUUGGGAGUUACUUCCCGGAGGAGCGCUGGACCCCAGAGUCCCCCCUGCUCGCACCCCGGGUGCUCAUAGCGUUCAUCUGCCGCAACGCGGAGCACUCUCUGCCUUACUUCCUCGGCACCUUGGACCGCCUGCGCUACCCAAAGGACCGCAUUGCUCUGUGGGUGGCGACAGACCACAACAUGGACAACAGCACAGCCAUCCUGCAGGAAUGGCUUGUUAAUGUUCAGAGUCAUUAUCACAAUGUGGAGUGGAGACCACAGGAAGGCCCCCAGAGUUACGAAGACGAGGCUGGUCCCAAACAGUGGACAAAGCUGCGCUACGAGCACGUCAUGCAGCUGCGUCACGCUGCACUGGAGGCAGCGCGUGACAAGUGGGCCGAUUACUAUUUGUCAGUGGACUGCGACAACCUCCUGACCAACCCAGAUGUGCUAUGGAAGCUCAUCAGUGAGAACAAGACUAUCGUGGCCCCGAUGCUGGAGUCACGUGCGGCAUACUCCAACUUCUGGUGUGGCAUGAGCUCACAGGGCUACUACAAGCGGACCCCUACCUACAUUCCCAUCCGCCGGUGGGAGCGCAGGGGCUGCUUCGCUGUUCCCAUGGUGCACUCCACCUUCCUGGUGGACCUGCGCAAGGAGGCAUCCCGCCAGCUGGCCUUCUACCCCCUCCACCCUGACUAUAGCUGGGCCUUUGAUGACAUCAUCAUCUUCUCCUUCUCUGCUCGCAUGGCAGGUGUACAAAUGUUCCUGUGUAACAGAGAGAAUUAUGGGUAUCUUCCCAUUCCUGUACGUUCCCACAAUUCCCUGAGGGACGAGGCUGACAGUUUCGUGCAUUCCCUGCUGGAGGUCAUGGUGCAUCACCCCCCUGUGGAGCCCUCCAGCUUCAUCUCCGUUCCCCCAAAAUCCCCAGAUAAGAUGGGCUUCAAUGAGGUCUUCAUGAUCAACCUGCAGCGGCGGUCGGACCGGCGCCAGCGAAUGCUGCAGUCUCUCCACGAGCAGGAGAUCACCUGCAAGCUCAUCAAUGCUGUGGAUGGCAACGCACUGAAUGCCAGUCAGAUCCAGUCCAUGGGGAUCCAGAUGCUGCCUGGAUACAGUGACCCGUACAACGGACGGCCCCUCACCAAGGGAGAACUGGGCUGCUUCCUCUCUCACUACAACGUCUGGAAGGAGAUUGCAGAGCACAAGCUAAAGACCUCCCUUGUGAUUGAGGAUGACUUGCGUUUUGAGGUCUUCUUCAAGCGGCGUCUGCAGAACCUGAUGAACGAGGUAGAGAGCCAUGGCUUAGACUGGGAUCUCAUAUAUGUUGGACGGAAGAGGAUGCAGGUGGACCAUCCAGAGAAAUCUGUGCCCAAAAUUCAUAGUCUGGUAGAGGCUGACUAUUCUUAUUGGACGUUGGGAUAUAUGAUUUCACUGCGGGGUGCAAGGAAGCUGCUGAAGGCAGAUCCCCUCAGCAGGAUGCUGCCAGUGGACGAGUUUCUUCCUGUGAUGUACGACAAGCAUCCCAUCUCACGCUACAUGGAGCAUUUCCAAACCCGGGAUCUGAAGGCGUUCUCAGCUGAGCCGCUCCUUGUCUUUCCCACGCAUUACACGGGUGACCAGGGCUAUGUCAGCGAUACGGAGACCUCCACGCUUUGGGACAACGAGGGCGUUCCCACUGACUGGGACCGCUCUCCUUCAGGCAAGACCAGUGAACAACAGGAGCUCAGCCAGGAGGCCCAGAACUCCAACGUCGUCCAGUCUCCACUGGACAGCACCGCGCAUGACGAGCUCUGAGAGUGGGGCUUUGGGCCGAGUGUGGGUCAGAACAGGUGGGCGAAGGUCAUCAUAUCUCAGACAGAUCUGGGAGGCAAUCAGAACCAGGGGGACUGCAGUAAAACUCCCCCCCCCCCGGCAGAAGUCAUCUACAGUGGCGCUGCUGAGGUGGAUGCAGAGUGGAGGGCAGAGGGGGCUGUGAAGGCACCUGUGUUGCUCCCCACUUAGUUCAAAUUUUUCUUGUCUCUGAUCUCAGCAUUCUAAGUAGGAUUUCAGCUGAUUUUCUUUGUCUUUUGGGAGUGCUGAACUAGUGUUACAAUGUCAGAUUAAGGAGCGUAGCAGGAAUGUUUGUCCUCAUGAACACGUGAAAUGGACUUCCAAAAGUGUCAUUUAUGUUGUAGGUUCUGUUUUUUCAUCAAGCUCAGCUUACAUUGUGAGUGGAGAUCUGUACAGUUAAUGUUUUUAAUUUAUCGAACAUUUCAAAGCUAUCAUGACACUUAUUUGAAACUCUGCCCCCUUUCCCCCUUUUGCUGACAGUUGCACAUGAUCUUAAGGGCUAAAUGCUAACAAUAUUAAUACUAAUAGCACUGGCUAGUAGCACUGGCUAAUAGCACUGGCCAGAGGGAGCCAUCCACACUAUGAAAGAGUGGAAUUAACCUCACUUUCAUUCUGCCUCUGUGGAUAUCAUUUUUUUUUAUUAUUGCUUGAAAAAAAUGAUUUUUAUCCUAAAAAGUGUGUUACAGUGCAGGAUUGAAAUGCAGUUAAAAUGUUUCUGAGACUGUAGCAAUAACCUGCUGGUGAUGGUGUUUACCGUCAAGCUGAGAGGAUCAGCUGCUGUUCUGAUUCUUUGAAGUGCUUCUGAGAAAUUCUCGUUUUUCUGCAAUUGUGCCUUAUACCAAAGAAUAAACUAUUCUAAAAACCAA